UUAUAUAGAGUUCUUAUUUUAAAAGGACCUAUUCCUAAUGUAGUCAUGUCAUGGGAGUGUUGCUUAUUUUAUUACUUUCUGUAAAUUAGCAAGAGAAAGGCCAAUUUACAUCUAAUCAGCGAUAAAAACAAGAACAACCAAAAAUGGAGAAAUCAUAUAAAAUUGGGAAAAGAUUCGAAGGGAAGGUCGCGAUUGUCACGGCUUCGACUCAGGGAAUCGGCUUCAGUAUCGCAGAGCGUCUAGGUAUCGAAGGUGCCUCCGUCGUGAUCUCUUCCCGAAAGCAGAAAAACGUGGAUGAGGCAGUUGAAAAGCUAAGGGGGAAGGGAAUUGAGGCGUUUGGGAUUGUUUGUCAUGUUUCAAAUGCUCAGCAAAGGAAAAAUCUUAUAGACAAAACUGUUCAGAAAUAUGGGAAGAUUGAUGUGUUUGUAUCGAACGCUGCUGUAAAUCCUUCCGUUAAUUCGAUUUUGGAAACCCGAGAAUCCGUCCUUGACAAGCUAUGGGAAGUUAAUGUCAAAGCUUCUAUACUUGUUCUACAGGAUGCAGCUCCUCACUUGACAAAGGGUUCUUCAGUUGUUUUCAUUUCCUCUAUCGCUGGUUUCCAACCUGACCGUACCUUGGCAAUGUAUGGGGUCACUAAAACUGCCCUCUUGGGGCUUACCAAGGCACUUGCUGCUCAAAUGGCCCCAAAUACUCGAGUAAACUGUGUUGCACCUGGUUUUGUACCAACACAUUUUGCGGAUUUUCUUACUAGAGAUGCUGCUAUUAAGCAGGAGCUUGAGGAGAAGACUCUGCUUAAGAGGCUUGGAACCACUGAAGACAUGGCUGCUGCUACUGCUUUUUUGGCGUCUGAUGAUGCUUCUUACAUAACUGGAGAAACACUGGUGGUGGCUGGAGGGACCCAAUCUAGGCUCUAAUUCCCCUUCUUUUUGUAUAUUAGGUGUCGAUAAGAUUCAUGGAUUAUUAUCAAUAAAAGUUCGUAUGGUUAUAGCAGUUAUGUUGGACAGAACAUGGAAUAGGUUACACAAAUUGGUUGCAACUCGGAAGGUAUGGCAAUCUUCUUUCUGUAGCUCGUGACCUCAAACGGUUUCUUUAUCUGAAUGCUAGGGAAUUUUCUUUACCAGUCUUUA